AUGGAUAUAGUUGCAAGCCCAAAGUUCAAGAGGCACAGAUCCAUCCCGGCAUGUGCUAGAUGUCACAAAUCAAAGCAAAAGUGUGAUAGAGGAACGCCUAGAUGCUUGCGAUGCGUUUCAGCCGGUGUUGAAUGUACCGCAAUCAAUCGACAAAAUUCCAGUGAAGUUCCUCGAAGUGCUGUUCAAUACCUUGAGCAGAAGCUGGCCGAACUCGAAACCCUUGCUACCACAAGAGAGGAUGUUACGAAUGCGGCGUUGCCGACACAAUACGACUUGAAUAUCAACGCGUCAGAAAUACACGCUACCCAGUUCUUCGAUCAAUCCCUCCCAGACUACGUCAAGGACCACGCCGACUGGACCAGUAAAACCAACGAAGGCGUUCAAAGGCUUGCAAAGGAGGCCACGCUUGGAUCUUUAGUUGAUCCGUGGCUAACUUCAGCACCUUAUCAAUGUCGCGUUCUACUCCAUCGGCCAUGUUCCAGAAACAUUGUCGUGUCUGACGAGUCGUUACUGGCCGUUGUAAUUGCAGCGACCAAUCUGAUUGCUCUCGACAUGAAUAUCGCCAAAGCAGGGGGGCUCGUCAUGGCAUUCGAAAUUGGCAAUCGGGACUUUCAAGCCGGGAUGGUUUUGCUUUACGCUCUCCGGAACCACUCUGCAAAGCUGGAGGAAGCUUCGCUUACGGUUACAGCGGAGAGAGCGCUUUCAGAUCUUGUGCAACUAUUCAAUCUGUUGUCCUCGAGAUGGCCACCAUUGGCAGACACUGCUGCACAUAUCAACGAGCUAGGCGAUACGAAUCUCCGCAAUCCAGUCGGUCAUAGUGGUAGCGCUUACGACAUGAAUUUCCUUGAGGAGCUAGACUGUCUCGUCACCCAACGACGAAUCCACAGCAUUCGCCAUCGCAACGUUGUAUUGCCACAGCAGAAGAAAUCUGCUGCUGCUGCCACUCAACCGAAAGAUAGUGGUCAGGAGAUGGGUGAAGGUCUGUUUGAGGACGAAAACUGGUGGCGGGACUUCAUCAACGAUGAUUUAGUUACGAACGACAGUCCCUUUUCACUGGUUUCACCAGAUGCCGCACAGAGUUCAGUUUCUAUCUGUUACGACCCGUUAUGCAUAGAUAACAGUUGA